CAGCUGGGUUGUGGACAUGAAAACAAGGAAAUUGCCGGAAAUUGCUUAUCAAAAAGCUUGCAAUUCCUGGCAUUUUCAGUGUUGAUUUGUGCAUUUGAGUAUUGUGAGCUAAUCUUUGAGGUCCUCAGAAUAUAUUCCGAUGAAGUCCUCAUAUCUAACUUUCUUAUUUCUUCUGAUAAAAAUUAUAAGAGUCUGUCCACAGGAGGAUUCUUCUCAUGACCACAAUACCUUCCCGCAAGAUUUUACAUUCGGCGUAGCCACAGCUGCCUAUCAGAUUGAGGGUGGAUGGAAUGAGGAUGGAAAAGGUCCCAGUAUCUGGGAUACCGUGACUCAUGAGCAUCCAGAAUUAAUUGCUGACAGGUCUUCAGGAGACGUCGGACCAGAUUCUUAUCAUCUGUAUAGGGAAGAUGUGAAGAUAUUGAAGGAAUUAGGCGUGAAUUUCUAUAGAUUUUCCAUCUCUUGGGCCAGAAUUCUUCCCACGGGCGAUGUGUCAUCACUCAAUCCGGCUGGUUUGAAGUACUAUAGCGAUUUGAUUGAUCUUCUGCUCGAGGAAGGCAUUCAGCCCAUGGUGACUAUGUUCCAUUACGAUCUCCCUCAGUACAUUCAGGAUUUAGGAGGUUUAACUAAUCCUAUCUUCGUCAAAUAUUUCCUGGAGUACUCAAGGAUACUCUAUGAGAACUAUGGGAGUCGCGUAAAGCACUGGAUAACGUUCAAUGAACCCUCAGAAUCUUGUAUUCAAGGCUACAGCAGUGGUACUCAAGCUCCAUUGAUAAAAUUGCACGGAGUUGGAGAAUAUAUUUGUGCUUAUAACGUUCUUUUGGCCCACGCAGAAGCUUAUCAUUUUUACAAGGCAAAAUUUGCUAAAAUAUUUGAUGGUAAAGUCGGAAUAACUUUGGAUAGUCGCUGGCUCUAUCAGAAAUCUCCAGGGAAUGAUCUGGUUGAGAAGGGAAUGCAAUUCCAAUUGGGCUUCUUUGCCAAUCCCAUUUUCAGUCCUAGCGGAGGAUGGGCUAGGCAGCUGGAGGAUUCAGUGGACAGGAAUAGUGCAAAAGAAGGACGUGCCUGGUCACGACUUCCGGCAUUUAGUCCUGAAGAAAUUGAGAGAGUGAAAGGAUCUGCAGAUUUUCUGGGAUUGAACUACUACAGUGCACGUUUUGUGGAACCAGGCAAAUUUACAGAGGACCCCACCAAUCCGUCCUGGGAGAGAGAUCAAAAUCUCACAUACAUGGUGGAUCCCAGUUGGAGACGAGCAAAAUCUUCGUGGCUUUACAUGGUUCCGGAGGGAUUAAAGGACAUUCUUUUGUGGAUAAAAGGGACUUAUGGUAAUCCCGAAGUGAUAGUCACUGAAAAUGGAUGGUCAGAUGAUGGUGAGCUGGAAGAUGAUGGCCGGGUGGAUUACCUAAAGGGGCAUUUACAGGCAGUCUCGGAGGCUCUUCAGGCAGGAUGUAACGUCAGAGGAUACACUCACUGGUCUCUUUUGGACAAUUUUGAGUGGAUGAGGGGCUAUACAGAAAAAUUUGGACUCUAUCGCGUUGAUAUGGAAGAUCCUGAGAAGAAGCGUGUGCAGAAGAAAUCCGCCACAGUUUAUAAGGAUAUUAUCAAGAGCCGGAAAAUCACGUAAACAAAAAAACUCCAAGGUAGAAACAGUGCAAAUCUGUUACGUACACCGCUCAUCUUCUAGUAACCUCAACAAUUUGCAUGCAUAUCCUCUCUCUUACAGUUACUUUUUUUACUUAAAUAAAAAUAAAAAAAAUA